AUGUUGAACAAAACAACUCUCUCAUCGUCGUCCAAGAAACAACAACCUCUCAUUCAAGUCGUGGAUGAAGAAGUUGAUCAUUCUGAUGUAACAAAUACUGCCAAAGAGGAUCAUUCCGAAGAAAAUAAUAAUACAGAGCAACAAAAUGAUGACUCGGAAAGUAAAAUUCCUUCUUCGUUUCUGAACAUCGCUCAAAAAUCACAAAGAAGUAUUUUGGAAUCAUCAUCUACAACACAACCAUCGUUAUUAUUGAGUCGGAUACGAAAUUUUCUUCCACUCAUUGAAAAAGCAAAUGCCGAGUUAAAACAUAAAUUAUCGGAUGAGGAAUGUGUUGAAAUUAUUGGAUACAAUGGCGAGGAAGAACAAGAUAACAAUGAGGAGCCCGAGAAUAAUUCUCGAAAAUUUAAAAAACGAAAAUAUCAACCAAGCGACGACCAAGAAGAAACCUUUAAGCCAUAUGUGGAGAUGAACGUCGCAUUAGGAGUGUUAGAAGAAAAGAAACAAUCAGCGACUGCCAAAGGCUCCUUAAUUCAAGAAGUGAAUGAUGAAGAAGCUGACAACGACAUUGUUGAAGAAAAUCACUGUGGGAGCGCGUGCAGCGAAGAAUCAUGUGAAGAGAAUACAUUGAGAAUUGGAAAUGAAAUUACUCCAUUGGACGAAAAGCAGCAGGAGCAAGAUUUUAUGGCUUAUAUGAAUUUAGUUUCAUCUCUAUUAGGCCAAACGAGUGAUAAUGUACAUAAUUAUGAGAGUGACGAUAGUAGUUACAAUGAGCAACAGGACACUGAUGACGAAGACGUACAAAACGAAAAUUCAGAAAGCAACGAGAAAGAGGGUGAGUGA